GCCGCUGCUCUUCCUGCAGCUGCACCAGCGCCACGACGCCGCCUCCGCCUUCCUGAUGAUGGAGGAGUACGGCAAGCCGGAGAGCUGCUCGCCGCCCGUGUACGGCGGCGGGGGCGGGGGCGGUCUGUCGCCGGUGUCGGUGCCGGCGGGCUCGCCGUCGCUGCAGCAGCUGCAGCACCAGCUGUACCACGCGCACGCGCAGGCGCACGCGCAGGCCCAAGCGCAGGCGCACGGCCACUACGGCGGCGGCGGCGACGAGGCGCAGGUGGCGCAGAUGCUGCCCAGCGUGCUGCCGCCGCCCCAGGACUGGCUGUCGCAGCACCAGCACCAACACCAGCACCAGUACCACCUGGUGGCCGACGUCGCCAAGAUGGCGCCCCACCACCACCAGCACCAUCAGCACCACCACCACCAGCAGCAACAGCAGCAGCAGAAGGCGCUCAAGGAGCAGCGCAUCCGCCGGCCCAUGAACGCCUUCAUGGUCUGGGCCAAGGUGGAGCGCAAGAAGCUGGCCGACGAGAACCCCGACCUCCACAACGCGGAUCUCAGCAAGAUGCUCGGUGAGUACCGCUGGCCGCGACGCCAGCCGUUACGCAAGUGGAAGCCGACGAGUAAGUACCACCACUGUCCUGCACCAAUUACCUAAAACACCGUUUUCUCACUUAUCUGCUGUGUCUCUACCAUUUCGUCGACGAAGCGACGUCGGUAUACAAGUCGUUCCCAGUUUAUUUCCUCUUCUUCCAAUUUUCUGGGUCUUUGCGAGGAUCGUCUGUCUUAUAAACGGAGCAGUAUGAGUACUGAUUAAGGAAAGUCGACGAUCUGCACCGGAUACUUUCUCUUUUACUCGGAGGUGUAUAAGGUGUUCAAAGUAUCCCAUAUCCUAACAGGAGGUACUACUGAUCAGAACCAGAAAAUGUUCGAUAAACAUAGCCCGUAUCCGGACACAAAUACUUUUUGAGGUGAGGGCCAUUCUUCCCUAUAAUAGACGUUUGUCUUUGACA